AUUCCUAUAGAGAGUGUGAAAAGGUGCAGGACGAGCAUGGUGGGAAAUAUGCAUUGGGUGGUACCGGCCAUAACCCGGAGUUAAUGGCUUAAAAGGAACCGCAACCAUCGUCAUUGGGACUUUUACCUGAAGGGCGGAUGUUGUUGGUCUGUUGUGUUAGCUCCCUCUUCCUCCGCCUCCUCUCCAAAAUACCAUCCCAUCCUAGUCCAGGAUCCUGCAGUCGGAGAUGCAGAUCUUUCUUUCGCCUUAAAACAUAAGAAAUUCAGAUCCGGAAACAACCCAAAUUAAUCUGCUGUUGGAUCUGACAUUACUCGUGCUAUCUUAUCCCCGCAGUGGUCUCCACUGCAAAAAGCUCAUUCCGGGUUGCCGAUUGACAGUUCAGAGAACAUCGGAUUGCCAAAAUGGCUUACGUCGUACCGAUACAUAAGGCGAGCAGCAUUCGUCAUGCGAUCAAGCUGCAGUUUAUGAAACCGGAGGAAGACUCCUUGGUUGUUGCGUUGGUGACCACAGUCCACCGCGGUCGGUUUCCUAGGUGCUGUGAACACUAGCUAAUACAUCUUGUUUAUGAUAGGAAGGGUAAUCGAUUGGAGGCCUACACACUUACUCCAGAUGGAUUAAGUCUUGCUGCGUCGUGUACUCUCUACGGCAAAGUAUCCAUGCUUGCUCGACUUCCUGCUCCCGCUCAUUCACCCACGGAUCACCUUUUCGUUGGCACCGAUCGAUACACCUACUGCACCCUGUCAUGGGACAAUGUUGAGAAUAAAAUAUGUACGGAGAGAAAAUACGUCGACAUAUCUGACCCAUCGUCGCGGGAAUCGCAAACUGGCAGUCGAUGUUUGAUAGAUCCAAGUGGUCGGUAUAUGACACUGGAAGUGUAUGAGGGCCUAGUUGCCGUGCUACCAAUCGUACAAUUACCCAGCAGAAAAAGAGGGAGAACUCCUGCUGCUCUUACCGGUCCUGAUGCACCAAAAGUGGGAGAACUUGGAGAGCUGACAACGGCGAGAAUUGAUGAGCUCUUUGUACGGUCUUCUGCAUUCCUCCAUGUACAGUCUGGUUUGCCGCGCCUAGCGUUACUCUACGAGGACAACCAGAAGAAAGUCAGACUGAUGGUCCGAGAAUUAAAUUACACCUCUGCCACGGGAAGCACGGGCGCAGACGCCACAUUGGCGCAUAUAGCCGACUUUGCACAAGAACUGGAUCUCGGGGCUUCCCACCUUAUACCAGUGCCCGCUCCGCUAGGUGGCCUUCUUAUUCUUGGCGAAACGUCUAUCAAAUACGUUGAUGACGACAACAAUGAGAUAAUAUCUCGGCCUUUGAACGAAGCAACAAUAUUUGUAGCCUGGGAAGGGGUUGAUAGCCAGCGAUGGUUGUUGGCCGAUGAUUAUGGAAGGUUGUUCUUCUUAAUGCUUGUUUUAGACUCAGAUAACCAGGUUCAGGGUUGGAAGUUGGAUCAUUUAGGGAACACAUCACGAGCCUCUGCCUUGGUGUAUCUUGGUGGCGGGAUUGUAUUUGUGGGGUCGCAUCAAGGGGACUCCCAGGUCCUUCGGAUCGGUAGCGGUUCAUUUGAGAUUAUCCAGACCCUGUCCAACAUUGCCCCGAUACUGGAUUUCACAAUAAUGGACCUUGGAAACCGCACAAGUGAAAGCCAAACCCAUGAGUUCUCGUCAGGUCAAGCUCGGAUUGUCACCGGCUCGGGCGCUUUUGACGAUGGAACCCUGCGAAGUGUGCGCAGUGGUGUCGGGAUGGAGGAGCUAGGCGUUUUGGGUGACUUGGAACAUAUCACAGAUCUGUGGGGCCUGCAGGCCCAGUCCCAAGGUGAUACCCUGGAUACACUUCUUGUUUCCUUUGUAGAUGAGACUCGUGUAUUCCAUUUCAGUCCCGAUGGUGAGGUGGAAGAACUGGAUCACUUUAUUGGCCUGAGCCUCUCAGAGAAUACGCUUCUCGCAGCUAAUCUGCCGGGGGGACGGGUUUUGCAGGUUACUGAGCAACGAGUGCUGAUUGCGGAUCUGGAGGGUGGAAUGAUUGUGUAUGAAUGGACACCGCCGAAUGAGCUUGUUAUCACCGCCGCUUCUGCCAACGAUGUUUCAAUGGUGGUUGUCAUCGGGGGAGAAAUUAUAACCGUUCUAGAUAUCAGGAACGAGGCUCAGGUGAUCACGCAGAAGAACUUCGGUGCCGAUAGUCAGAUCUCUGGUGUCACGGUUCCGGCAUCGCCAACAGAGGUUUGUAUUGUUGGAUUCCCUCAACUCGCCAAGAUAUCAGUCAUUAAGCUUCAAGACUUGACUGAAGUGCAAACCACGUCGCUGGGCCCAGCUGGCGAAGCUUUCCCUAGGUCUGUUCUCGUGGCGAACGUUCUCGCAGAUAGGCCCCCUACUCUUUUCAUCUCGAUGGCAGACGGCAGUGUCAUCACUUAUUCAUUUAACACAAGCGACUACUCGCUAAGUGGAAUGAAUAAACUAAUCCUUGGGUCUGAGCAACCGGCGUUUAAGAAAUUGCCUAGGGGUGAUGGGCUGCAUAAUGUGUUUGCUACAUGCGAGAACCCAAGCCUGAUAUAUGGCUCUGAGGGCCGCAUUAUUUACUCUGCAGUAAAUUCGGAAGGAGCUUCUCGCAUCUGCCAUUUCAACUCCAAGGCUUAUCCGGGGUCAAUUGCCGUGGCUACACAGCGCGAGCUCAAAAUCGCUUUGGUCGAUAGCGAAAGGACAACACAGAUUCAGACGCUCCAAGUUGGAGCAACCGUGCGCCGAGUUGCAUAUUCGCCCUCAGAAAAGGCGUUCGGUAUCGGAACAAUAGAUCGUAAACUUCAAGAUGGGGCAGAAAUCGUAACAAGCCGGUUCAUGCUCGCUGAUGAGGUUUUGUUCCGACAGCUCGACUCGUUUGAGCUAAGACCAGAGGAAUUGGUGGAAAGUGUUAUCCGUGCAGAGUUCCCAGCGGGUAAAGAUGAGAACGGGCGUGACCUGACUAAAGAUCGGUUCAUCGUUGGAACAGCGUAUCUUGACGAUGAGGGGGAAGAAUCGAUUCGAGGUCGGAUUCUCAUGUUCGAGGUUGACAAUGGCCGAAAACUGACAAAGGUUGCCGAUCUGCCCGUGAAGGGGGCAUGUCGUGCUUUGGCUAUGCUGGGAGACAAGAUUGUAGCUGCGCUUGUCAAGACAGUUGUUGUCUAUAAGGUAGUGAACAACGAUUUCGGUGCGAUGAGAUUGGAUAAGCUUGCCAGCUACCGAACCUCGACCGCGCCGAUUGAUGUGACCGUGACAGGUAAUGUGAUUGCGAUCUCAGACCUCAUGAAGAGCGUGUGUCUCGUGGAGUUUCAGGAAGGAGAGAACGGCCUACCUGAUUCAUUGACAGAAGUGGCUCGCCACUUCCAAACAGUUUGGGCCACUGGAGUCGCAUGCAUUGCCAAGGACACCUUCCUAGAAAGCGAUGCAGAAGGGAAUUUGAUCGUCCUUCGUCGCAACCUGACUGGGGUUGAGGAGGAUGAUAAGCGCCGGUUAGAAGUAACCGGUGAAAUUUCGCUGGGCGAAAUGGUGAACCGUAUCCGGCCGGUAAACAUCCAACAGUUGGCAAGCGUAACCGUCACUCCGAGAGCUUUUCUAGGCACAGUGGAGGGUUCCAUUUACCUAUUCGCCAUCAUUAACCCGGAACAUCAGGAUUUCUUGAUGCGCCUGCAAUCAGCGAUGGCAGGCAAAGUAGAAUCACUAGGCGAGAUGCCGUUCAACGAAUUCCGGGGCUUCCGUAGUAUGGUUCGGGAAGCCAAGGAGCCGUACCGCUUUGUGGAUGGCGAGUUGAUUGAGCAGUUUUUAACCUGUGAGCCCAAUGUGCAGGAGGAGGUUGUCGACUCAGUUGGCAUGAUGAGUGUCCACGAGGUGAAAGUUAUGAUAGAAGCAUUAAGGCGAUUGCAUUAGGUUGUCCGUUGAUCAUGUGCUUCAGGGCAUCUAAUCUACCUUCGUCAAGAGGGACGACACGAUUUUAAGACUUGGAUGUAUGAAUGUGUUGGGAUGAGACAAUAUCAACAUGGGUACGCUCUAUUUUGGCUUCAUAACGAUAAAAUGAUGUGCAUAAUAUUCGCUCUUGGACAACUUCUGGGAUUAGACAAAUCUAUCAUAGAAAUAUACGUAUACGCCCACACGAUGCAUCAUCAAGGGUGCAGUUAA